AUGUCUUCAUCCUCCGACAGAAAGGUGGAUGUGACGCCACCUUUGAACUCCGAUGACCCCGAUUCAAUGAUGGAGGAUGCCCCAGACUUUUCCCGCGCUUCCAGAGCCUACCAACUCGAGAUGUACCAGAUGAGUCUCAAAGAGAAUGUCAUUGUUGCGAUGGAUACCGGAAGUGGAAAGACGCAAAUUGCCAUCCUCCGAAUACGAGCCCAACUUGAGUCCUCUUCGGACCAAAAGUUGAUCUGGUUUUUAGCCCCAACUGUUCUGCUCUGUACCCAGCAAUUCGAGGCCAUCAAGCUUGAGAUACCCUCAGUUUCAAUACGCCUGGUAGUUGGGAGCGACAAUGUUCACACCUGGAGCGCCUCUACUUGGAAAUACGUAUUGAAUGGAACUCAGGUGGUCGUAUCUACAUAUCAGGUGCUUCUUGACGCCUUGGGCCAUGCGUUCGUCAAGAUGGAUUGUCUGUCUCUCUUGAUCUUUGACGAAGGCCUUCCUCAAGAUGUCAAUGUUAGGUCCCGGCCUGCGAUACUGGGUCUCACAGCUACGCCAAGUAUGAGAGCUCACGUAAAGGGUCUCGAGGAGCUCGAGGAGCUUUUGAACGCAAAAUGUAUUUCACCGUCACUUCAUCGCGAAGAAUUAGUGAAACACGUGAAACGGCCACGGCUAGGGAUCAUUGAAUGUGAAUCUACCGAAACGGAGCACCACACGGCCGCCAUGGUCUCUCUGCAGCAGGAGUACGCAAAGAUGGACAUUUUGGAAGAUCCCUAUGUGGUAUCACUUCAAGCACAGAAAACCGAUAGAAGCAAGCGUCGUCUUCAGAGCGUCUUGGCAAAUCAGAAAACAUGGUCACGACUGCAGAUGUCCAGCCUUCUAAACCGAUCCCGAACUAUUCGAAGGCUACUGGGCCCUUGGGCCGCGGACUUAUACAUUUGGAGAGCGAAGCGCUCAUUUCUCCAAAAACUAGAGUCUGCAGUCCCUUCUCUGGAUGGCUGGGUUCCGGAAGAGACGCUUUACAUCUCGAGAAUCUUGCGCGACAUCGCCGCCCUCGAGCCCACGCCGCGCCCAACCGGACUCGACAGCGUCUCAGACAAGGUUCGCCUACUACUACGUGAGCUGAUUGAAUUUGAAGGCAAGGCCACCGGGAUUGUCUUCGUUCAGGAGCGUGCCACUGCUGCUGUGCUCACGACCCUCCUCGAGUCAGUACCAGGCAUUCGGGACCGGUACCGGGUGGGUUGCAUGGUUGGGACCUCACACAACCAGCUUAGAAAGCGCGAUUUGUGUGAAUACUUCAACUCCAAGGAUCUCAAGACUCUGCACGAAUUUCGGCAAGGCAAGAUCAACCUUUUGGUGGCAACAUCAGUUCUCGAAGAGGGCAUCGACGUGCCAGCAUGCAACCUGGUCAUUUGCUUCGACAGCCCGCAGUCUCCCAAGUCUUUUAUCCAACGGCGCGGGCGAGCCCGUAUGCAAGACUCGAGACUACUGCUCUUCACCCACAAAGGGUCUGCAAUAGUAGAGCAGUGGGCGGUAUUUGAAGAGGAGAUCCAGAAGCUCUGUCAAGAUUCCGAGCGCGAACGACAACAGCUGCAAACCUUGGAGCGCUUGGACGAAGGCAUAGACCUUUGCUUCCGCGUACCGUAUUCUGGAGCGCGACUCGACCACGACAACGCCAGGCAACAUCUGGCGCAUUUCUGUGCCGUCAUCUCAUCCGCGGAAUACACGGAUGGCCGUCCGGAUUAUGUCACCAAGUUUGUGGAGGGCGACCGCGGCCUGAUGAUCCGCGCCGAGGUCUUCCUCCCAGCGUCGCUGCCGCCCAAGCUCAGACGCUUCGAGGCAUCGCGCGCUUGGCACUCGGAGGCCAAUGCCAUGAAGGAUGCCGCCUUCCAAGCCUAUCUCGCUCUCUUUCGCGCAGACCUAGUAAAUAAGAAUCUGCUGCCGCUAGAGACGAACAUUGACGUGGAGGUGGAAGGCCGGGCGCCGAUCAUCGGUGUCCAGUCGUUGGUGCAGCCGUGGAUGGAGGCGGCGUCUGCCUGGUCAGAGGGAGACUACCGAUGGACGUACAAGGUGCAGCUUCAUGGUGCAGACGAUGCCUUCUUUGGAGACUACACCAUGACGCUGCCCAUUGAGCUCGGCCCGUUCCGUCUGGUGAACAUGUACCUCGACUAUAGUACCACAUACAGGCUCGAGUUUUCGCCUCCGCGCCGCAUUUCUGUCGCAGAAGCGGAUGAAAUGUCAGAUGAUACCUCGACGCUUAUUGGCCUGCACUUUUGCCAUCGCUGGCCGGUGACGGAAGAGCCUCAUGUCAUCAAAUUUACUUCGCAUGAUGGCCCCCUGCGCUUUCCAGAUAUCGGGAGCAACCCGCUUGACGCAAGAUCAGCCGCCGUCUCGAGCGAGAAUUAUCUCAUCAGGGACCAGGGCAAAGCACCGUGCAGGUACCUUGGUGACCUCCCUUCCAAGCCGCCCUCGGCGAUGGUUCAGCGACCUUUCAAAAAUUACGACGACGCGCCUGAGGACGAGCCGUAUUUAAAUCUGCUGCGGUGGACUCGCCGUACCGACUUUCUUCAUACGUGGAACGUGGACCCGGAGACGCAAACAACCAGUCAGAAGAAGUACAUCGCUGUACUUCCAGUCUCAUACGCCACGGUUGACAGCAUUCAUAUCAAGCACGCUCGGUUCGGAAUGCUGAUACCAUCCAUCAUCCACACAAUCGAGACCAUGCUCAUUGCACGACAGCUUUCCACCACACUCUUGAGCCCACUGGGUAUUUCGGACUACAAUCUUAUUAGAGACGCCAUCAGUGCAAGAAGCGCGUUUGAGCCCACUCACUACGAGCGGCUCGAGUUCCUAGGUGAUUCUAUACUCAAAUACUGCGCCAGCAUGCAAGCAGCAGCAACAAACUUGAAUUGGUCCGAGGGCCACCUAUCCAGAUACAAGGAUCGUCUCGUAGCUAAUUCAAGGCUCUCCCGAGCAGCUGUUGAGACUGGCCUGUCACAGUUCAUAUUGACGAUGCCCUUUACAGGCCACAAGUGGCAGGCGUUUUAUCUCGAGGCCGUCUUGUCCGGCAAGAUGAAGCCGCCACCAAAUAGACGUCUAUCGACAAAGGUGCUUGCCGAUGUAGUCGAGGCGUUGGUGGGUGUCGCCUACACUGUGGGUGGCAUUCCCAAGGCCAUCCAGUGUCUGUCAAUAUUCAUCAAGGAGUGCGAUUGGACAGACCCAAUCGAAUGCAGGGAAGAAUUCUUCCUAUUUGCACCGAGCCACUGCGCAAAAUCUUCCUAUUUGCAUAUCCUAGAGGAGCUAGUCGGGUACUCAUUCACCAAGAAGUCCCUCCUUCUCGAAGCGACGACCCACGCGUCGUUCAUCGGCGACAUGUCAGGGCGGAGCUGGGAACGCCUGGAGUUUCUGGGAGACUCGGUCCUCGACUACAUCAUCGUCAACAGGCUCAUCAACCACCGCCCUCCGCUGCCGCACUCGCGCAUGCACAUGACCAAGACUGCUCUGGUCAACAAGGACUUUCUCGCCUUCAUCUGCCUCGAGGAGCACGAGCUUUCACAAACCGAGUCCUUCGUAACGCCCAGCGGCGCCAUCCUAACGGAAAACCGACGCACCGCGCUCUGGCGGUUCAUGCGGUUCUCGUCCACCGGCAUCGGCCCCGCGCAGCUGGAGGUGGCCGCGCGGCACGGCCGGCUGCGCGACGCCAUCCUCCCCGCGCUCCGCUCCGGCGACCACUACCCCUGGGCCAUGCUUGCGCGACUGCACGCGGGCAAGUUCUACUCGGACAUGAUCGAGGCCGUGGUGGGCGCGAUAUGGGUGGACGCGGGCGCGCUGGCACCGUGCGAGGCGUUCCUGGCGCGCGUCGGCGUGCUGCCGUACCUGGACCGCGUGCUCGCGGACGGGGUGCACAUGCAGCACCCCAAGGAGGAGCUUGGCAAGGUGGCUGGGUCACGGCCGAUGACGUAUGAGAUCGAAAAGGUGCCGGCCGGCGACGGCGUGGGGAUGACGUACAACUGCAGGCUGGUGGUUAGCGGCGUCGAGGUCGGGGCAGCGCGAGGCGGGCUGACGGCGGAGGAGGUGCGGGUGGCGGCCGCGACGGAGGGUGUCGCCUAUCUCAAGGCCCUCGGCGGCUACGCAAGCCGAGAAUCGAGAUGA